UGCCAUUUUCUCGCUGCUCUUUCCUCACUCACCUCAACAACCGUCUCGAAAGAUACCUGGCUCUCUGUCUGGCCAUUGGAUUGGAACAGUUACUCGCGCCGUCGAUGGGAUUCUAGAGGCCUGCGAAUAUGGCUCAGCCCUCUACCCCCGCCAGCAGCAACGCCGGCAUAUUUGGCUCGGCGAUCUACUCAGGUGCCGGCAGCCAUGCACCUCUCGGUCUCACUCCAGGUUCAGCAGCCUCCUCGACCAAUACUUUCCUCAUGCCUAAUUCACCAGUGAAACCGGCCGCAAAGGAUAAUUACCGACCAAAACUCGUUCGGACUCUAGGUCAGAGACCUGCCUGCUUGGUGAAUGCGACAGUGACCUACUGUGGUGGAAACAACAUAUAUGCGUUUGGUGGAUUCGAUGCCUAUACGGACGAAGUCUACAAUCAUGUCUUAAAACUGGACAUGGUCAGCCAUCAAUGGAGCUUGGUUGACAACUAUGGCGACAUUCCAGGUGUUAGAAUGGGGCAUACUGCCACACUCUACCAAGGGGACAAGCUCCUCAUUUUCGGUGGUGAGAAUGAGCACCGAACUUACCUCUCCGACCUUAUUAUAUUCGACCUGAAGACUGCGCACUGGACACAGCCUGCCGUGACUGGCCCGAUUCCAAAAGGAAGAGCCAGACACGCUGCUGUGCUCCACGAAGACAAACUUUUCAUAGUUGGUGGAAUCACUGGGCACAACAACUAUGUCUUGGACGACAUUUGCUAUCUUGACCUUAAAACAUUCACCUGGUCGCGGGCAUGGCGCUUCGUUGGUCGCUUCGAUCACCAGGCAUCCAUCUGGGGUGACAGGAUGUGGGUAUUUGGAGGCCUCAGCCAAGAUGCUGAAAAGGUGGGAGACAUCUACUGGCUUGACCUCAAAGGCACUCCCGCCUUCGACUCUCCUCCGGCCUAUGACACCUGGGACCGCAGAGUUUCCCGCCAAGGGUCUACUCGCCAGAGUGCAGCAUCGAGCCCAGCACCUGUUGGAAGCACGGGCUAUGCGGCAAAUUCGAGCAGCGCGCAGGUUAACCCCGCUUCAUUCCAACUGAACACGUCGCCGCCAGCAGCACCCGGUGCAGUUUCGUCCCUCAAGUUUGUUUCGGGGCCCAAUAUCCCAGCUCAAGGAUCUGGCAUGCACUUCCACGUGUUUACUUCAGGAAACCUCCUUGAUUUCGUCACGCCGGCUGUUACGAUCACCCCUGCGGACUGCUCGCUGUCAUCCCUGGACUUGGACACCCUGCGCUGGCAGAAACUUGCAGAAGGCCGCGAGAUCUUCAGGAGUGGUUACCGCUGGCAUUACUGUACGAUGAACGAAGACGGGACGAAAGCAUGGCUCCUAGGCUGCCCGACCGACCCAGCUGCUACUGAUCUUGGCCCGAACGGCUUCGAGGAAUACCUGAGCGACAUCAUGGAAAUCGACCUCCGCAAAUACGGACUCCUUGGGAACGACCUCGCCAAAGAGAACCGAGCAGAUGUCAGAACUCCAUUUACCUCACUCUCAGGCCACUCUGGCCGCAGCACCCCCCAGCCUUCCCGUGGCCUCGGUGCCGACUUGGCAAUUCUAUUCAACGUCCCCCCCGAGAGCGGCAGCGGCACAGACUUCAUCGUCACCGCCUCGCGCGAAGACGACGACUGGGACGACAACGCAGCCAUGUCCUCCGCCGGCUCCCCCUCCGGCUCCGUCGUCCAAAACUGGCUCGCCCCCGACGCCUCAACCUCCCAACCCAUCCACGUCCACAAACUGAUCCUCCAAGCUCGCUGGGCCCAUUUCGCACGCCUCUACAACGCUCAGAUGGCCGAGUUCCACACUAAGAAAAUGCAUAUCCCCGAACCCUACCCCGUCGUCAAGGCGUUCCUCUACUACCUCUACACGGACAGUAUCCACAUGGACGACGUACCGGAGCUCAAUGAUGUCGCGGGCCUCCUUGUUCUCUCGAACAUCUACAACAUCCCGCACCUCCGCUUACUGUGCGUCAACCGCCUCUCCAAGGAAAUGGACGUCGAGCACGCCUGCAUCACCUGGCACAGCGCCGGCGUCGCGAACGAGGAGUGGCUCCGCAAGCGCGCCGCGAACUACUGUCUCCUCCACUGGGGCCGCGUGGUGCGCACGCAAGGCUUCUUGAAGUUGCCGCGCAUGGCGCUCGUGGAUCUGAGUCAGGAGAUUGAUAUGGAAGGUCGUGUGGUGGGGGGGGAGGAGCUGGAGGUUGUGGGGGGUUGGGGGGGGGGAGGUUUGGGGUUGGGGGGGCGUCGGCGAGGAAGUUUAGUGGGGGGAGUAGUGCGACGCAGAUGCAGAGUGGGGAGGAGGGGGAGGAUGAUGAUGAGGAGAUGGGGGUUUUGUGAGUGGGGUGGCGCUUUCUGUGGUGAGGGAGGGGGUUGGUGGGCUUGCUAGCUGGCGACUUACUUCCCUCACCCCUUUUAUUUUUGCUCAUCCGUUGGGGGGUAUGUUAGGAGGAGUAUAUUACGAGAGACGACGACGGGAUGACGGUUCAUCGGCGGCGUUUAUUAUCUUCCUGCUUGGGGAACGGAAUAUUUGUUAUGUUUAUGUUUCUGUGUUCUGCAUUGGCCUGGAGUCAGGCUUUGCUUUUGAAGGGGGGGGUUCGUUUAUUUGCUGGUGGCGUUAGAUACGAGUAGAUGCAUCAUGGUAUGAUGAUAAUACGAUGCGUUUUAGAGUACUUGCACUUUCACAUAGGG